UGGAUCGGUAAAUACCAACCCAAAAUGGUAAAUACCAUUUCCAUUUGGUUAUCCGCUUGAAUUUGAUUAUGGAUUUGAUUUAUGUUGUUUGACAUAUGACAUUCGUGACGUCUUGCUAAUAACGCGUAUCAAACCCCUAGGAAAAAAUCUUCCGGGCGCUAUUGAACAUAAGCCGGAAAUGUGGUAAGCAGUUGGGGACACGAAGAUCAAAGGUGCAGGUGUCGCAUCCGGUGUAUAAUCUGUGGUUAUGUUUAUGUGUCAAAUGUUGUGAUUAAAAGAUUAGUUUGUAAUUCUUCUUCAGUCAAAUUGGAAAUUAUGAUGUCACGGAAUAAUAUAAAAAUAUUUCCGGGCGCCAUGGUUUGUGAGGAAAGUAAGUUGAGAGGUGAUAUUACCAUUGGAUCUGGGACAAUAGUCCACCCAAGUGCUGUUAUUAUCGCGGAAGCUGGCCCCAUCAUCAUUGGAGACUGGUGUUUGAUAGAGGAACAAGUCAAAAUCGUUCACAGGUUACCAUUUGAUCAACAAAGCAAUGAAAAUUCACAGCCAGUAUUAAUAAUAGGCUCAAACAAUGUUUUUGAAGUUGACUGCAUUGUGGAAGCACCUAAAAUAGGCAAUAACAAUGUUUUUGAAUCAAAAUGUUUCGUAGGGAAUAAAGUGACAAUUUCCAAUGGCUGUACUAUAGGUGCUGGAUGCAAAAUUACUGAUGAGCAGAUAUUACCCGAAAAUGUAAUAAUUUUUGGUGUAAAUUGUCAGAUGAGGGAAGGGUUGGAUAGACCAGGUGUAAGUAAGGAUAAAUGUAAAUAAAAGGAACCGUAAUGACAAAAAAAGGAAUUAAACAUUUUCAAGCCUUUGAUGAGUUUUAACUUAGAAGGUCAGAGCUGGAUUAACCAUUAGGUAGAGUUGGCAACUGCCUAGGGGCCUCACAUUGACUAGGGUUGCACCAAGAGAAAAAUAAAAAAAAGGUAUUAUCAAACAAAAAUUUUCUUUGAAAAUUUGCAUUGUUCCUCAACAAUAAAAUAUUGCUUGUUAAAUGGCUGAACAGAUUGUUAUAAAAUGUACAUAAGCUUGGAACACCAGAUUCAAUUACAGUAGAACCCUGAUUAUCCGAAAUAAUGUGGACCCAAGUGCUUUCAGAUAAUCGAAAUUUCAGAUAAAACAGAAAUAAAUAUUUAGACUCAUAAUGCUUUUAUUGAAAAAAGUAAAUGCAUGUGUUAAUUGAGUAUAUACACCUAUAUAAAGUUACGUAAAAUAUAAGCAUGUUUUAACUGAACGCGUUUUGCAUUGUACCUAUUUCUGGCAGCAAUAUCCCUCAAACAUUUGAUAAGUAGCACCUCAGCUGCUGUCGCAUUUGCUUGUUGUUUGACAUAAGUCAACGCCCUUUGUAGAGUUUCUAAUCCCUCAGAAAGUGAUAUUUUGGCAGAGAUUUCUGUCUCAUUGUCACUAGCAUCUCUUAAAACUGUCUCAUCAUCAUUGUUACAAACAGUUUUUAUUAGUUCUGUAUCAGUUAAUUAUUCCAUCAAUUCAUCACCAUUAGUCCACUCACCAACAUCUGCUUGUGUAGAAUUUACACACCCUGCUAUUUUUACGACGAGAUCAUGUAAAUUUUCGUUGUUAGUCUCAAAGUCUGCGCAAGGUUCCAUUUCUUGCUUAAUUAUUGUCGACCAAGAUUUUUGUAAAGUAGAAUUUUUAUUUGGCUCCAUGCUUCUGCUAUCCAAUAUCCCACAUUCUUGAGGUUGAUCUCGUAUAAACAAUCAACGAGGUUACAACCAUUAUCAACUUGAUCUAAAAUUUGCUCUAAUAACAAACGUCUAUAAUUGCGUUUUAGAUUGUCUAAAACUCCUUGAUCCAUCGGCUGAAUCAGUGACGUUACAUUAGAAGGCGAGAACAUCACUCGUAUUUCCCCACUUUUAAGUUGCUACUCACUUAGGUGGCUUGGAGCAUUGUCUAAUAGCAAAAUACAUUUUCUCGGAUAUAAGCGUUCAUUCAAAUAUUGUUCUGUAUUUGGAACAAAAUGAUUGUAAAACCAGUCCUUAAAUAGAGCGGCAUCCAUCCAGGCAUUUUUUUGAUUUUUAUACCAUACUGGAAGAGCGUUGGGACGGACGGGUUUAAAUGCUCUUGGUUUAGCUGAUUUUCGGAUUAACAACAAAGGAAGUUUGUGUGCACCGGAAGCAUUGCUACAAGCAAGGAUAGUCACACGUUCUUUGCUGCGUCUGUAACCAGGAGCUCCAGAUCCUUGUUUUGAAGCUAAACUUUUCGCCGGUAACAUUUUAUAGUUUAGGCCCGUUUUGUCGCAGUUGUAAAUUUGUUCUGGAUUUAAGCCAUACUGCUUCACUAAUUUUUUAAAGUGUUCUCCAAAUUUUAAUGUAGCGGACUUAUUGGCAGAUAACUUUUCUCCGCAAACUUUUAAUUCUCGUUUUUUCCAUCUAUGCAGCCAAGCAUCACUGGCUGUACAGUUAUCAGGUGCCUCAAUAACUGGCAAUUCUUCACUUAAGUUUUUGCUUUAGAAUUGAUCCGGAAAUUGGUAUUCCACGUUCUUUAUUCUGUAAACCACAGAUAUAACAAGGAUAAUCCACUUUUUGAUAUUCCCCCUUUUUCAUAGUUUUCCGUGACACCCAAAUCACUUGCCACGUUUUUAAGCAAAUCACCUCUAUUUAAACGUCUUGUUGCCUCAAGUUUCUGUUCUAUGGUAAUAACAGCGCGUUUACGUUUAUUUCUAGCGAUUAUGAACCUGACUGAAACAAACAUACACGCACACAUACCAGUGAAAUCCGCAAACGCGCUUGGGAAAUCACAGGCAGCGAACCUAAUGACGCAAAUGCCGAAAGAACUACCGGCGGCUAUUUCGUAUCAUGCGCCAAUUUCCCGAACGGUUAAAACGGAGAAAUUAUCGUAUGCGAUCUGUUUCGGAUAAAGAGGAUUUCGGAUAAUCGGGCUAAAUCAGAACUGGUUCAGCCAUUUGCGAUUUAGGAUGUCAAAGACAGACUCCCAGAUACACACGUAAAACUUAUAAUGCUGUUUUUUUGUGUCGAAGGUUGAAAAUGCACUUAAUUUUCUUUUCUUUUUUUUACUAUGAAUUAUCAUUAUUAUUGUAUUAUUAUAAAGAAAUACGUUAUCCAUAAGUGACUAACUUAUAUAAUUUUUGUGUUAUAGCCACAAACGCUUCAGAUGGAAACUUUGUCAAAGAUGCUACCAAACUAUCACCAUAUAAAGAAACCAAAUAUGAAGAAGGAAUAAUGCUUUUUCUAAUCUUGUCUCUUAUUUAAAAUAUAGUUUAAUAAGUAAAAACAUAUUUAUAACCUAUACUCAUUAUGAGAAAAAUUUUUUAUUAUUUAAUAAAAAUUAUAUUUACCGC